CUCUCGUGAGGGCAGAUAUCAUGUUGACUGACUUUCCCUGUUUUUCGUGUAGUUUCCAGGAGAUGGUGAUGUACUUCGGGCUCAAACCCAAGUCUGGAGAGAAGGAGGUUUCUCCAAGCUUCAUCUUCAUGCUGUGGUACGAGUUCUGCAAUGAUUUCAAGAGCACCUGGAACCGAGAGAAUAAAAGCAUCUCCAAAGAGAGACUCAAAGAAGCUCAGCAGACCGUCCAGAAAAUCACAGCUGAGAAGAAAGUGGAGACGAAGAAGACCAACGCAAACAGUCUGGCGCCAAGCAUGGGAAGGGACAUGGGCUUUGAGCCAAUACUGAAGAGGCCGCGUGUGAAGCAGGCUCAGAGGAAUCACAGAGGAAGCGACCAACAUGAGGCCGAGCAUCCUCUGGAAAUCCCCUGA